AACGGAAAAAAAAAAAAAUAUCAAGAGGAAAGCCGAUUCGACGUUCAUCUCUGAAUCUGUUAACUCUUUCUCUCGGUGAAAAAUAUAUCGUUCAGAUUUUGUAGAAAUCGUGAUGGGUUUAUCAAAAGGUAGAUUGAAAGCAUGGUUCAAUAAGAAAAUCACCGAUCCUCUUCUCCAGAUCUUGCGUAGAGGUACUGAGCCAAAGCAGCUUGCUUUCUCCGCCGCACUUGGCAUUACAUUGGGAGUAUUUCCGAUAUGCGGUGUUCCUGUGUUUCUAUGUGGAGUAGCUUUUGCCUUGCUUGGAUCUGCUUGUCAUGCUCCAACCGUGAUGUUGGCUAAUAUCAUUGCCACUCCAGUAGAAUUAGCUCUCGUGGUGCCUUUCCUACGACUCGGUGAAAAAGUAACCGGUGGACCUCAUUUUCCUUUGACAUCAGAUGCCUUAAAGAAGGUUUUCACUGGACAAGCCUCUCAAGAAGUCUUUUUAAGCAUUGGAAAUGCAUUACUAGGGUGGCUUGUAGCAACACCGUUUUUCUUCAUUGGGCUAUACGUUGUGUUGCUGCCAUGUUUCAAAAUCUUGGUCCGCAAGUUCAGUACCGUUGCUUCAACACCUACAAAUGCGGAGACAGAGCUUAACCCAAAGCCAAGAGUCGCUUAAAAUGUAACUGGUGUUAGAAAUCUCACUGCUCUGUUAUCAACACGAAGCCCUUGAAUUGUAGACUAAUGUAUAGGGUAUAUACACGCUUGCACUGUCAAGUCCUCACACUCUUGUUUAAAAACCUCUUAUGAGAAUGUCAGUAACCGAAAAUGAUGGCGGUUACAUUUAAACGCACAGAUUUGGCAGCUCACACAACCGUUAAGUUUAUUUUUGUGGGUUUUUGAUU